AAAUCCACAAAAGAAACCCGCAACAGAGUCGGCGGUUUAUUAUUGUUUUCUUCUUGACAGUCUGAUAGAGUUCCGAAAAAUAGUUUUAUCGCAGGUCACGCACUCACUUAUUUAAAUUUUUCUAGAUUUCGCUAGAUUUUCGUUCCAAUGGUGUCCUAUCAAUAUCCCAUGAACAAGCUAGCCCAGCAGCUGAUGAACUUCUUCACGGUUGUUGUGGAUAAGGAGGAGUCUUCUGCUCCGGUACUGUUCCAGCGAUGCGGCGUGCUCAUUCGCUUUCACAUCGAGGACAUUCCCGACCGUGGAGACAUCAGCAUCGCUAACAUCAGUAAGUAUUGGGAAGCCUACUGUCGGAAGCAGGGACGCAAGAUGCGCCAGGAAUACAAGGAAAUGGAUCUAUUGCUGCCCAAUGAGGCGGCAAUGCAGGGUCUAAUUGAGAAGGCCAAAGACUGGGUGUUCCCCCUGCAGGGGAUCACGCCCCUCUACAAGGAUCGCUGCGCGUUCAGCUUUCACCGUCGUCCGGUUAUUGCUUACGUUCUGAACGUAGUGCUCCAGCAGGGGGAUCGGUAUGGUCACAUCUCGAAGUCGGACAAAGCCCCAACCCUGUGCCUUGGUCAGAGCCCGAACCCGACUCUCGACGAUGGGACCGAGCAGCUCGGUCACUAUCGUCUCAGUCUGCUCCGCGUGAUUACCCGCCGCCUAAUAGCUUACUCCGCCUGGCGCUUGGUGGAUCCAGAUCAGCAGUCUGAUGACACUCUCCGCGUGACCGUAGAGGCUCAACGUUGCCCAAACCAGCCGACAGACCACGUUUGUCUGGUCUGUGGACCCGUACUGGAGCCCGUCGGGAAGACAGCCACCACAAUGAACAGAGACAGCUACGUUGCAUUGCGCUCCAAGGACAUGAUACUUAUGGCCACGCAUCGCAAUGGCGUCCGCAUGAGUAGCUCGCACGGCGACUUCGAUGGCCUUAUCCAGCGCCUGGGCGCUGCUGCCGUGAUUGUGGAUCUGUUUGAGGUGCGCCACGCCUCGGCGGCCAAUGUGGUGCGCAAUGGAUCGGGCGGCUCCAAGGGGGCCUCGUACAUUCUAUACAAUUCGGCCCGCCUGGAGACGCUGCUGCGCACCUUCAAUGCACAGGUGGAGGCAGGUGUCUACCAGCCACUGCCGCCGCUGGACGACAUCGAUCUCAGCCUAUUGGAGGACGAUCUCGACUGGAAGCUGAUCUACGGCUACCUACUGCCCUUCCCAGAGGUGGUCGAGUCCACGCUGAAUCUGCUGCAGCAGGGUCGGUGUGACGUGCACCUGCUGGUGCGCUACAUCAGUAGCCUGGCCGCAAUCUUCAGCCGCUACUACCGCCAGAAGAAAAUCCUCGUUCAGAUGCGAGACCAGCUGAUGCCAGUCCUCUAUGCUCGCCUCUACCUCGUCAUGGCGGUGCGCCAGGUGCUCAAUGUGGCCCUCUCGCUGCUCGGCAUAGAGCCCGUCACCUACAUAUAGAUAUAGUACAUAUUAUUCAUAGUUUUACCCAUUAGCCCAAUGACCAGCCACUACACUACUGCCGCUACACUACUGCCACUACACUACUGCCACUACCCCCCACUGACCCAUGUAUUGAUGUAUUGAUGUAUAACUCCUCUGUGGUAUACGCACCUAUGCAUGUAUCUGUGUAGAUACACAUUACAUUAAUUGUACAUUAGUUGUUGAACAAUCAUUUAAGAAUAAGACUGAAGUCGAGGCUUAGAGUCGACUGCUCUUGAUGAAGUAAAACAGUGGUCUCUCUUCUUCUGUGAAUAGGGGAAUAGGGGUCCAGCUGUAUCGAUAUAAGGGUAAUAUAGAGUCAAGUCAUCCCCAAAUACAAUAGACUGUGGAGCUCAUUCAGUUAUGGAACCCGAUGGUGCUUUGUCUGAGUGUAUCUCGAGAUAAAAACGAAGUCGAAAAGAUGUUUUCAAAUAAUUUAUAGUGUGUUCUUCAAUUAUGUAGAUAUUUCUCUAAUAAAUCUAGAUUCUUAAUAUUU